AUGAAGAAAGGUGGACAAGCGGCAGCAGCAAGUGCUAAUCCUAAAACCGGUGGUAGUGGUAAACCUAGUGAACAACGUUAUUUUCGUAUUCCAUUUGUUCGUCCUAAUGAACAAAAUCGUGAUAAUAGUGGUGAACAUAAAAAGAAAGGCUGGUGGUAUGCUCAUUUCGACGAUAAAUGGAUUGCUCGUCAAAUGGAAAUUCAUCCGGAUAAAAAACCAGUCUUACUUGUUGCAGGUAUUGACGAUAUGAAUAUGUGUGAAUUAAGUUUAGAUGAAACAGGUUUAACGUUAAAAAAAGGUGCUGAAAUACUUGAAAAUGAUUUUGAACAAGAAUGGAAUAAACAUGGUGGUCGAGCAUAUUUGAAGAAAAAUAAAGGACAAAUAAGUUCAAAAUAUGUUAUUCAAUUACUUCAAAAACAUCAUUAA